AUGAAUAAUUCGACUGAAAUUCCACCUGAUACGUCUCCUAUGAAGAUUGCCUCGUCGCCAUCCUCAUCUACAAUGUUAUCCAGUCCAAAUCAAAAAUAUCAUCAAUCAAACGCGUUGCGUUCCCCUACUAAUUUAUUUGAUUUUCAAACUGUUGCCGAUCGCGCAAACCGUGAUUAUCAAAAUGGAAAUUAUGAACGUGCUGAACAAUAUUGUCUUCAGUUGUAUCAGCAAGAACCCGAUAAUACAAGUUUAUUACUUCUACUUAGCUCGAUUUACUUUCAAAUGCGUCGUUAUGAUCAAUCAAUGGAAUAUAGUUUAUUAGCAACGAAACUUGAUCCACAUCUAGCUGAAGCUCAUUCGAAUCUAGCCAAUGUAUAUAAAGAAAAAGGUCUUCUACAUUUAGCACUUGAUCAUUAUGUGAAAGCUCUACAAUUGAAACCAGAUUUUACUGAUGGAUAUAUCAAUUAUGCUGCUGCGCUCAUUGCCAAUUCAGAUAUGGAAGGUGCUGUAAGUGCAUAUCUAACAGCAUUGCAAUACAAUCCAGAUUUAUAUGGUGUUCGAAAUGAUCUAGGAAAUCUUUUAAAAGCACUCGGUUAUUUAGAAGAAGCUAAAGAAUGUUAUUUAAAAGUGAUUAAAACUCAACCGACAUUUGCUGUUGCAUGGAGUAAUUUAGGAUGUAUAUUUAAUUGCCAAGGCGAGGUAUGGUUGGCUAUUCAUCAUUUUGAAAAGGCAGUCGCUCUGGAUCCAAAUUUUCUCGAUGCGUACAUUAAUCUAGGAAAUGUUUUGAAAGAAGCACGAAUAUUUGACCGUGCUGUGACAGCUUAUUUACGAGCACUUACUCUUUCACCAAAUCAUCCGAUUGUUCAUGGCAAUUUAGCAUGUGUCUAUUACGAACAGAAUCUAAUCGAUUUAGCCAUUGAAACUUAUCGGCGCGCAAUACAAUUGCAGUCAAAUUUUCCAGAUGCUUAUUGUAAUUUAGCAAAUGCAUUGAAAGUGCAAGGCAAAGUUUCGGAAGCCGAAGAAUGCUACAAAACUGCCCUAAGUCAAUGUCCAACACAUGCUGAUUCUCUGAACAAUCUAGCGAAUAUCCGUCGUGAACAAGGACAAGUUGAUGAAGCAAUUAAUUUAUACACACGUGCCUUAGAUAUCCUUCCAAAUUUUGCAGCAGCACAUUCAAAUCUAGCAUCGGUUCUUCAACAACAGGGCCGAUUGCAUGAUGCAUUAAAUCAUUAUAAAGAAGCGAUACGUAUUCAACCGAUGUUUGCGGAUGCUCAUUCGAAUCUUGGUAAUACGCUCAAAGAGAUCGGUGACGUAACAGGUGCAUUACAGUGUUAUACACGUGCGAUACAAAUCAAUCCAUCCUUUGCUGACGCACAUUCAAAUUUAGCUUCUAUACACAAAGAUACUGGCAAUAUUACUGAUGCAAUUCAAUCCUAUAAAAUCGCCUUAAAAUUGAAACCAGACUUUCCAGAUGCCUUCUGCAAUCUAGCUCAUUGUUUGCAAAUCAUAUGUGAUUGGUCAGACUAUGAUCUUCGUUUGAAAAAAAUCUGCUCAAUUGUACAUGAACAAUUAGAAAAGAAUCGUUUACCGAGUGUACAUCCACAUCAUAGUAUGCUAUAUCCCUUGACCGGUGAACAACGACGAAACAUCGCGACUCGACAUGCACUUCUCUGUCUCGAACGAAUUCAAUUAUUGCAUAAAAAGACACACGUCCACUCGAAAGAUUUAAAAGAAAACAACGGUCGAUUGCGCAUAGGUUAUGUCAGUUCAGAUUUCUGUAAUCAUCCUACUGCACAUCUAAUGCAGAGUAUACCAGGUUUACAUAAUCGUGAACGUGUAGAAAUAUUUUGUUAUUCACUGAGUGCCGAUGAUGGUACGACAUUUCGUGCAAAAAUCCAACGUGAAGCAGAACAUUUUAUUGAUUUAUCAUCAAUUACAUGCAAUGGGCAAGCGGCUGAUCGUAUUCAUGAUGAUGGAAUCCAUAUUUUAGUUAAUCUAAAUGGAUACACUCGAGGCUCGCGAAACGAAAUAUUCGCGUUUCGUCCCGCUCCGAUCCAAGUUAUGUGGCUUGGUUAUCCCAAUACAUCUGGUGCUCCCUACAUGGACUAUUUAAUAACCGAUGAAAUCACUUCUCCACUUUCCUUAUCAUCACAAUAUUCAGAAAAACUUGCAUAUAUGCCGUAUACAUUCUUCAUUGGCGAUCAUGCAAAUAUGUUCCGUCAUAUGACAGAAAAAGCAGUUAUUGUCGAAAGUCAACAAACAAAUAGUAAUAACAAUAAUAAUGCCAUAACUACAGUCGAUAAUCGAUCGAUUGUCAAUGGUACAAAUCUAAAACCAAUACUCGAACGAAGUGAUGUCAAAACAAUAACAGUUGAAGUUCUGCCUGCUGAUAAGAAAGAGAAUGGCACAGUUAAUACCAAUCAAUGCAAAGAAGAAGUUAUUACACCGUUAGUUGAACUACCAGAAGCAAUUGUUGUUCAUCAGCUAUUGCAGCAAGGUCAUAGUGAAGUUAGUAUUAAUGGAAUUGUUGCACAAAAUGGUACAACAACAUUACAAACUAGUAGUCGUGCAGCAACAGGUGAAGAAGUUCCUCAAACAGUACUUUUAACUACCCGAACACAGUAUGGAUUACCAGAUGAUGCCAUUGUUUAUUGUAAUUUCAAUCAAUUAUAUAAAAUUGAUCCUACGACAAUGCUUUGUUGGUGUAAUAUAUUAAAGCGAGUUCCAAAUAGUAUCUUAUGGCUUCUACGUUUUCCAGUCGCAGGCGAAGAAAACCUCAUCCAAACAGCAAAACUUCAUGGCGUCGAGCCUUCUCGACUAAUCUUUUCAAACGUCGCUCCCAAAGAAGAACACGUUCGUCGUGGUCAACUAGCUGACAUUUGUCUGGAUACACCAUUAUGUAAUGGCCAUACAACUGGCAUGGAUGUUCUAUGGGCAGGUACACCGAUGGUUACUCUACCUCUGGAAACAUUAGCAUCUCGCGUCGGUGCAUCUCUCUUACACACACUUGGUUGUCCGGAGUUGGUGGCUGAAUCUUAUGAUGAUUACGAGAAUAUUGCUGUUCGUCUAGGUGUCGAUCCCGUCUAUCUCAAAUCUGUCCGGGCCAAAGUUUGGUCACGUCGCUUGACCAGUCCACUGUUUGAUACUGCUCUAUAUACUCAACAUUUAGAAGGACUUUUCAUUCAAAUGUGGAAUCGCUACACCAACAACUUAUCGCCUGAUCAUAUCAAAUCGUCGAUCACAAGUUAA